ACUGUUUCUGUCACAUGAAAUGCUUCGGUUACUUUCGUCUUUGUGUAAUGUUUAUAUGAAACUUAUUAUUGUGUUGUGUUAUCAUUGUCAAUAUAACCACUCAAAUAAAUUAUAUGUAUCUCGUUUAUUAACUGGACUUCUAUGUAUGGGUGCUUGAUAACUUCAAAUCAUUGUCUGUUUUAAUAUUUAAUAGUGUAGAAACUUUAGCUGGAAUAGGCUAUUGAUUUGUACAAAAUGAAGUUGUUUAUCCUAUUAAUAAGUUUAGGAUUAUGUUGGGCAAGAUAUAAACAUGUUCAAAACAAUUACCAACCAGAACAAGUUCAUAUUUCUUUUGGAGAAAAAACCAAUGACAUUGUCAUCACUUGGUCUACCUUUAUAAAUACGGGAUCAGAAGCAAAAUAUGGAAAGAAUCAGAUGAACAAACAUGCCAGUGGCUCCAGCAAACUAUUUACAGAUGGCGGCAAAAUGCACAGGAAAGAAUGGAUACAUCGCGUAUUGUUACCAGAUUUGGAAUUCAACACACGUUAUAUGUACCGAGUGGGGUCUGACCACGGCUGGUCGGAAAUGUUCUCGUUUAAGACCCCUCCUGCUGGCGAAGAUUGGGUGCUCCGCAUAGCAAUAUAUGGCGAUAUGGGCGUCAACAAUUCAAUGUCGUUACCGUACUUGAAGGAAGACGUGGCGGAAGAUAAAUACGACAUGAUCCUCCAUGUGGGUGAUUUUGCAUACGACAUGAACGAGGAGGAGGGCCGAGUUGGUGACCGAUUUAUGAAUAUGAUCGAGCCGAUCGCCGCUCGAGUGCCAUACAUGACCUGCCCGGGGAACCAUGAAAGUGCCUACAACUUCACACAUUACUCGAACCGUUUUACGAUGCCGGGUCAGGAAUCGAACCUGUACUAUAGCUUCGACGUGGGGCCAAUUCACUUCGUGUCCAUCUCAACUGAGGUGUAUUACUUCACGCAAUACGGAAUCAAAUUGAUAAGUUACCAGUAUGAGUGGCUGAAGAAAGAUUUGGCUGAGGCCAAUUCUGCUGCUAACAGGAAGAGUCGCCCAUGGAUAAUAGUAUUUGGACACCGUCCGAUGUAUUGCAGCAACUCUGAUGACAUCGACUGCAGUUUAGAAUACACUAGGACUGGCUUGUUCGGAUUGUUUGGUUUAGAACCCCUACUGAAGGAGUUCGGAGUGGACCUCGUAAUAUGGGCGCACGAGCACUCGUACGAACGCACUUGGCCGCUGUACGACACCAGGGUCUACAACGGCUCCUACGAACACCCAUAUGUGAACCCCAGGGCUCCAGUGCACUUAGUUACGGGCUCGGCAGGCUGUCGGGAAGGACGAGAUCACUUUAGGCAUAAUUCGGCGAAAUGGUCGGCGUUUAGAUCGCAAGACUACGGCUAUACUAAGUUAAAGGCCUACAAAAAAGGGCCCAUUUAUAUAGAACAGGUGUCAGCAGAUCUUGAGGGGAAAGUUAUUGAUUCAUUUUGGUUGGUCAAAAACACGUAGUAUUAAAUUAUUCUAUAAUAUUUAUACUUAUUUUUAGUAACGUAUUCGUCCUUUCGUUCUCUAUAAGGAUUGUUUUAUUUAAUGCCUUGGUUGCAUACCAAAUAUUAACUAUGCAUUUACUAUUACCAUUCCCUCUAUACGUUGUAACUAUCAUAGCCAAUUAUAGUGUCUUAACAUAAGCUAUUUAUGUAAUUAUAAGGUAGUGUGUAAAACUGCAGGGAUUUUACUAACGUAGUUAAUCUUAACAUGAA